AUGCAUUUUCUGACUCUCAUUGAGCAAGAAGCCGCCAUGCCAAUUCACCCCGUCAAAAAGCUAUAUAAUUCUCGAAUAUCCAACAGCAACAACAACGACAACGACAACGACAACGACAACGACAACGACAACGACAACGACAACGAUCCAGCAAGCAAGCAAAAGACAUUCAAAGCAAUUUCUUCCUCUCCCAAGCUCUCCAGCUUCACUUCAUACCACUUCUCUUCACUCAAAACCACCGAGACUUCACUCUCAUCCCAAAUCAUUCAAAAUGUUCUUCUCCAAGGCCAUCGCCGUUUGCGUCAUUGCCGCCAGUUUAAUAGCACCCUUGUCAGCGCCUCUCCUGCGCCAGUCAUCACCCCCAAGCCAUGCUACACCAGGACCCUCUCCUACAGGGCCGCCUUCUGCCCUGCCACCUACACUCCACCAUGUGAUGGUCCUUGCUUUGUUGCAGUUACCACCUCCAUCCCUUGCCACGACAAGAGAUGCCCAACCACCAAGACCGUCAGCGUCAACUACGGUUGCCCAACUUGCACUUCGGUUUGCCCAACCGUCACCAAGUCUUGCAGCGCUUCUGCCACUCUCGGCCCUACCCUGACCGCUUCUUAA